AUGGGCUACGAGUUCCUGACCCACGUGCAGCGAGAUACGCUGCCGGUAGCACUGGCAGGACGCGAUGUGCUGGCCAAGGGCAAGACUGGGAACGGCAAGACCAUUGCGUUCUUGCUGCCAACGCUGGAGCGCAUGAUUAAGAACCCGCAGCCGAAGCGGGGCAAGAUCUCGGCGCUCGUGAUCUCUCCGACGCGAGAACUGGCGCAGCAGAUCGCGGUCGAAGCGGUGAAGCUCACGAAAGCCCAUUCGCUCCGCACGUGCUGCUUUGUGGGCGGAAGCUCCGUGAACAAGGACGUGAAGGAGCUGACGCAAGCAGGAGGCAUUGAUGUGCUCGUGUCGACUCCUGGACGGCUGCAAGCGCACUUGGAAGACGAUAGUGCACAGAUCCGAGCGAAGCUGGAUCACCUCCAGGUGCUCGUGCUGGAUGAAGCUGACCGUCUUUUGGACAUGGGAUUCCGCCCUGAUAUCAUGAGGAUCAUCAGCCGUUUGCCGACGAAACGACAGACGCUGCUGUUCAGUGCGACGUUGCCAACUGCAACCGAAGAGCUCAAGAAUGUGGCGCUGCGUGAUGACUUUGUGUUUGUGGACACAAUUGAAGGAGACGAUGAGCAGACGAAUACGCAGACUGUGCAGGAAUAUGUUGUGUGCGACUUGCAAGACGUGAUUCCGACGGUCGAGAGCAUUCUGCACGAACACAUGAAGCUAGAGGCAUACAAGGUCAUUGUCUUUUUGCCUACUGCCCGAGCAGCGCAAUUCAUGGCCCAUCUUUUUCAGGCUGCGGGGUUUUCAAACGUGCUGGAGAUGCAUUCGCGCAAGAGUCAACCGGCCCGUACGAAGGCUGCCGAUGCGUUUCGCAAGGGCAAGAAAGUGAUCAUGUUUUCGUCGGAUGUGUCGGCGCGUGGCGUGGACUACCCAGACGUGUCACUCGUGCUGCAAGUUGGUCUGACGGAUCGUGACCAGUACAUUCACCGCCUUGGACGAACCGCUCGCGCGGGCAUGGAAGGGCGUGGCAUUCUAGUGCUGGCCGACUUUGAAAAGUCUGUGCUGCACGACCUAGCUGACCUGCCGCUCUCAAACCUGGGACAGCACUUCCAACUCGACCAGCAAACGUGCCGAACCACAAAGGCCCUCGUCAAUGUCGACCCCCGCAGCGAGCUGGGGCAAUCGGCAGAGAAGGCUUAUGCAGCUUUUUUGGGGUUCUACAACUCGAAUCUCAAGAAGCUCCGCAUGUCGAAAACAGAGCUCGUCGAGACGGGUGCACGCUAUAGCCAGCUCAUUGGACUUGACGAGGUGCCAAAGCUGCAGCAGAAAACUCUGCGAGCGAUGGGGUUAACGAAUACUCCAGGCCUUGUUGCUGCUCCGAGAGCGACGGGGACAGGAGGGUUCAAGUCCAAAGGCGCAGGAGGAGGACCGAAAAAGUCUACUAGAGAGGGACAGGGACAGGGCCGCGACGAGAAGGGCAGCUAUCGAUCGCUCAUCGGCCGAAAGAAGCAAAGCAGUCAUGAACAUAACGGACGCUCCCGGAAAGCGUACAGCGAUGAUGGUACCCGUGGAGAGCAGGGCAGCCGCAGCAGUCGCAGCACUUUUCCGAGUGGCAGCAAAGGGCGUAAUCCUCGACACGAGCGUUCAAGCAGUCCGGUUGCUAAGCGAUAUUAG